AAUAGACAUUUAUGUAUGUUUUAUUUGUACAAAAUUAUUAAUUAUUACAUUUUUUUUAAUAUCAUACUUUUGUCAGCUACUGUACGGGUAUAGCUGUCAAUCUCGACGACAACACAAUUUAGAGGUUAUGUUACUUUUAAAAAAUUAAUGGAUUUUUAGUAAUUUUUCCAUUUAUUUACAAAAAUGUCGACUGUAAACGAGAAACAAGAAGGUUCUUUAGUACCUGAGUUAUUAAAACAUAUGAAAUCAGGUUCUAAAAGUGGAAUAUCAUCAUGUCUAGAACGACUUAAAAAUGAACCGAAUUGCUAUAAGCAAUUUACAAGAGAUGCAGGACUAGGCAUUUUAGUAAAUUUACUUCGUUUUCAUAAUUUAAGAAUAUUGAACAUGACUCUGAGUAUUCUGGCAAAUGCAUGUAUCAAUUCAGAUGCAAGAGAAAAGGUCAAAGGAUCUAAAAUAGCAACUCGUGUAGUCUCUAUAAUUAAACAUAUCAAGCUAGAAAAUGCUCUACACUGCCGUGCGUGUAGAUUAAUUGGAAAUUUGUCAGAAUGUAAUUGGCAUGCCAAAUCACUGUGCGAAGCUGGCGUAGUUCAAGCUUUAGUCACUCUUUUAAAAUUGGAUACAAAUAUGCAAACCUAUUUAAUGGGUGUUAGAGCUAUAAGGAAUAUUUGGAGUAUGCACGAAGGUAGUAGAGAAGAAAUCAUUGAAUCUGGAGUAAUAUUUAGAAUCACAGGUUUAUUAGUGUUGGCAAAAGAAAAGUUGGAAAGAAAUCCUAAAUAUUUGGAAUUGAUUGAAACCUGUUUAAAAGCUAUGUGUGCUUUUCUGGUUACAGUGGAUCCUUGUGUUAGGGAACAAAUGAGAGGAGAAAAAGAUGUACAAGGGUACAAAUGCAUUGUACAAUGUUGCGAUAUGAAUAAUAAAAUGGCGAUUAAGUGUCUAUACAAUCUCUGUCAAGUGGCAGAAUGUCGUCCUAUUCUGGGAAAUUUUGGUGCUGUUGAAAGUCUUAUUGCUCUUGUAAGAGAUCAUUCAGAACUGUCUAAAGAAACACUAGUCAGUUUAUGCCUGUUUUGUAGAGAAGCUGUAAAUAGAGCAAAAAUUAGAAUAGGAUCUGGUUUAGAAUUAAUGUUAUCUUUAUUAAAAGAUCCUGACAAUGAAAAGUACCACCCAAUGUUAUUACAUGCACUAACACAAUUUGUUUACGAUGAUCUAAGUAUUGCAAUAAUGGUGAAAAAUGGUUUACUUGACAUUUUAGUUACCAGGUUGAAAAAAAUGGUAAUUGAAACAAUAGACGAAGAGGAGAUUAAUGUUUCAAGAAAAAGAAGUAAUGAUUCUCCUCCAAGUAAACAGUCAGAGUUCAAGUUUAACAAGACUAGUGCAGGACGGUUUAGUUUAGAUUACUAUCGCGAUGAUUGGAGUCCAGGCAGUGCUUCCAGUGUUUCUUUUUCACCUCCUAGUACACCACCAUUACCAUUUUAUGACUCAAUAGAAAAUGAUGAAAACACCGAAGAUAACUACAGUCCCGUUUGUAGUGAUAUCGAGCUUAUGGAUAACGAAGAUGAGCCACAAGAAGAGGUAGAAUCGCUAAAGAGCUGUAAAUCGAUAACUAUAAAUAUAGAAGUAUCCCAAGAUUUGGAUAAAGGAAACAAAUCAAACGAUUGUGAUUAUACAAACGACUGGACGUUAGUGCUACUAAGUCGACUGAGUCAUUCAAAUGACCCGAUCGACAAAUUAGCAGAUCCUACGAUCAUUGAAGCUCUGUCAACUUAUAUUAAGUGUGCCAAAAAUCAAAGAGCAUCUAGAAUUUUAACCAGAAUUACAAGGAAUGGAGCAUAUUUAAUUCCAUUAUUAAAACAGGGUUUUGUUUUUGAAGCUCAGACACUGUACGGUUCAGAACAUUAUACAAGACAAUUAUGUGCGCUAGCAGAAACCGGCGGAGCAAUAGGUGAACUUACAUCUAUAUUGCUACGCGGAGAAGAAGCACAUAAAUUAGUUAUCGCAGUAUCGAUACCAUUCCUAAUUAGAUCACGGUACAUUCUAAAAUCUUUACUAAAUAAUUACGGUGGUUUACGAUUAAUAUUUCACGUCCUUUCCGAUCAACAACACAGUCUUUAUGAGAAUGCUAUUUGGUCGAUCUGUCAAUUAGCGAGCACCUUAGAAAUUCAACCUGACAUAGUAGAAAAGUGUCAAAUUACAGACACUACUUCGACCGAUUUUCCACGAGUGUACGACAAUCAUCCGAAACCUGCGACAGUUACAUUCGAAUUGGACGACGGUACAACUGUCGAUGCCUGCAGACAAACUCUGUGUCAGAAAUCCGACGCUUUCUCUGCUAUGCUCGAGGGAAACUUUUCUGAAUCAGGGAAGAAACGUGUUAAGCUACGAAACACGUCAAAGGAAAGCCUCAACACAUUAUUACUUGCUGCAAAUGGAGCAACUUUUGAAAAUAGAACCAUAGAAUCUUUACUGGACGCUGUGCUAUUAGCUGAUAAAUUUUUAAUGGCUGAUAUAUCAGAAAUCUUAACGGAGAGUUCCAUAUCUAGAUUGAAUUACAAAAAUUUUAGCAGAGCUUGGAACUGGGCCCGAUUAAAUUCUUGCCAUGAAUUAAAGUCCUGUUGCGUGAAGAGCUUUCUUACUGCUUCUAUGACUAAGUCUGAAAGAGUUCAAGCAUUUCAUGGUUUUUCUACCACUGGAAGUUUUCAUGAAUUUUUGGACGAAGUAAGAGAGAUCAUUAAUAACGUUCUGUGCCAACGUUAAUGAUAUAUAUAUAUAUAUAUAUAUAUAUAAUUGUGAUAUUUAAU